AAAAGUGACGCUGACACACAAGCCGGAGCCGAGAAGGGGGAAUGGCAUUUUGUUUAUUUUUUUUCUAUAAUUUAUGUCAUUUUAUUCUUUAGCAUUUUCUUGUUAUUUAGCAGUAUCCCCGUUUCGGAUUCGAUUGCCUUGCUCUUCAGCGCUUGCUAUCUAUCGUUAACUUUCAUACUGCUCUUCUCACGCGGCGCUAUUUUGACAGUCGGGGUCGCAGAGAUCCAACUCAAGCUAGUAGCACCAUUAUAUUAGCAUCGUGACAACCUGAAGAAUUCUCCACACAGACUCAAAACACACGGCCACCACGGCGGGCUCCUGACUGUAGGCAAGAUCAUGCUGCUGCAGUAAGCCGAAGGCAGAGAAGAGAGGCCCCAGACGACCUCUGAGGUGGCGGUUGGCCCGUUGGUGUUCCUUUACCCCCUUCUCUGGCUGGCAAACUGCUGCCUCUUCAGUUCAUCUGAUCACUCCCCACCGCCAAGGCAAAGGCUUGCUAUGGACUGCACUUCGCCGCCUGCUGCAGCCCAGCCCAGUACAUUACCUUAGUGGGUUCCCCUCAUCUUUCUGCUUGUGUUCCUAUCCAGACUCAUUUUAGAGUCCAGCACAUAUCUGGUACCACCUACAGCCACUCCUGGGUCCUACACCCAACCCCCUCCCCACUCCCACCCUCUCCCCCUCCCCUAAGAAGAUGUCAGUGAGCCUGACAACGGACAUCCAGCAGGAGGGAGAGAGUGGGCCACUUAUUGAGCCCUGCAGUCGAGGCAAGACCCCCCCUCAACCACAGGGUACCAAGGAAGGAACAGGAGAGGUCCUGGAGCCAGAUGAUGGCUCCCCACAGGAUGCACAGAAGCGAGCUCCUAACCACAGCCAUGGCAGGAAAAGAGCCAAGUCCAAUGCCAAAUUGAAGUUGGUGCGGAGUCUGGCGGUAUGUGAGGAGUCCUCUGCUCCAUUCUCUAAUGACGGACCUCCAGAAUCGGACAUCAUCCAACUUCACAUCAGCUGUCCAUCAGACAAAGAGGAGGAAAAGUCCUCAAAGGAUGAGUAUGAAAAUGAAGAGAAGGAGAAGAAGGACAAGACUCCCCGGAAGAUGUUGUCACGUGACUCCAGUCAGGAAUACACGGACUCCACGGGCAUUGAUGUGCAUGAAUUUUUGGUCAACACACUGAAAAACAAUCCCAGGGAUCGAAUGAUGCUGCUCAAACUAGAACAAGAUAUCCUGGAGUUCAUUAACGACGACAAUAACCAGUAUAAGAAGUUUCCUCAGAUGACUUCUUAUCACCGAAUGCUGCUGCACCGUGUAGCUGCCUACUUCGGUAUGGACCACAAUGUGGAUCAGACUGGCAAGGCUGUCAUCAUCAACAAGACAGGCAACACACGCAUCCCAGAACAGAGGUUCUCUGAACACAUCAAAGAUGAACGUAACAUGGACUUUCAGAAGAAAUUCAUUCUGAAGAGAGAUGAUGCUAGUAUGGACAAAGAUGAUAAUCAGAUCCGUGUGCCACUGCAGGACGGGCGGCGUAGCAAGUCCAUUGAGGAGAGAGAGGAAGAAUAUCAGCGGGUACGAGACCGGAUCUUUGCCCGAGAAGUGUCCUUUUUUUUACAGUCCUCCCAGAAUGGAUACAUCAAUGAUAACAGACUUUCCACUGAGGGCUACUGCUCUAGCUCUCAAAAGAGGAGGCAGAUCUUUAGGGGGAACCGUGAGAGCUCCAGCCGGGCGUCUAGCAGCCGUCAAAGCAGCACAGAUAGUGACAUGAAGUGCCUGGAGCCACGGCCCUGGAGCAGCACCGACUCAGACAGCUCCAACCGCACCCUCCGGCCCCCCGUCACUAAGGCCAGCAGUUUUUCUGGCAUAUCCAUCCUUACCAGGGGGGAUAGUCUUGGCAGCAACAAAGGAUCACAAGGAAGCUGCAAAGGCUCUCGCUCUGGCUUGCCCCUAGUCAAUCCUGACGUGUGUCCCCAACCUGUAGCGUCCCAGGCCAGCCGUAGCCUGCUUCCCUGCUCAUCUCAACAGCCACAGCCGCCCCAGGCUCAGCCGCAGACUGCCCUGCUUCCCACCCCACAGCAGCACCCCAUGGGCAACCACAUUAUUGCUCAGCCGGUGGCGUCUCUGCAGCCCUCUCAGCCUGUCUCCUACUCCAGCCCUUCCUGCUCCCAGGUUCUCCUGCCAGUUUCUCCUCCCCAGCAGUACACAAUGGGAGAAGAACUUGCACCUCAGUUUACCCAGAUGACGCUGAGUCGGCAGGGCUCCAGUGAGAACCCUGAGCCUCCCCCCAUGUUUCAGGCUCCUCCCACAGUACUGACGCAGCACCCCCCACCACAGACUGGCUACAUCAUGGCUACCACAGGCCAGCCUAUGCCACCUCCAUCUGGCUACCAGCCUGCCACUGGUCACCCUCAUCCACCACCUCCCCCACCACCUCCAUCCCAGCCAGUCAUUCAGGCUCCACCACCUCCACAAGGCUACAUGCAGCCCCCUCCUCCUCAACAGAUACAGGUAUCAUACUACCCUCCUGGUCAGUAUCCCAGCUCAGGGCAGCAGUACCGUGUGUCCCAGCCAAUUUCCCACCAGGUGUCUUACCAAACCCAGCGAACACAACCCAUGCCUCAACCCACUCAGCAGUCAGGUCUCCAGACUAUGAUACCCAGCCAGCAACCAAGCUACCAGGGGAUGAUAGGGGUGCAGCAACCCCCCAACCCUGGUCUGAUUAAUUCCCAGAGGCCAAGCAUGGGAGGGCAGAUGCAGAGCAUAAUGGUCCAAUAUCCACAGAUGCCAUCAUAUCAGGUACCAGUGGCAAAUGAAAAUCAGCAGGUGGUACAGCAGCAGUACCAGCAGCAGGUCAUGGUACCAGUCAGCCAGUCUGUCCAGGGGCCUAUGCCCGUCUACUACAGUGUUAUUACACCCACACAGCAGAAUAGCACAAGUCCGUCAGUAGGUUACCUGCAGCCCCCCAGCUCUGAGCAGUUUCAGAUAACACAGUCGCCGUCCCCCUGCAACCCUCAACCAAUGCAACAGCAAUAUUCAGGAGUACCUCCUCCUGGUCCUGGGGUGAUGGUCAUGCAACUCAGUGUUCCCAAUGGACCUCAGCCUUCCCAGAAUCCUCCUCUGGUCCAGUGGAAUCCAUGCAAGUACUACAGCAUAGAGCAGAGGCCCAGCAAACCAGGGGAGCUCUAUAAACCUGACAACACUCCACAGGGAAGUACACAGCUGACGAGUCCCCUGGCUUCCCCCACUCAGUCUCCCACCCCGUCUCCCUCUGGCAGUGUCAGCAGCGUAUGUCCAGGCCUGGGACCAUUGCCCCUCAUAUCCCAGUUUCCUAGGCCAGGAGGACCAGCUCAAGGUGACGGUCGCUACUCCCUGUUGGGUCAGCCCCUCCAGUACAGCCUGUGUCCUCCCCAACUCAUGCAUGGCCAGUCAUCCUACAGCUCCCAUCAGGGUCAAGCAGUAAUGAAACAUGGGGCACGAGGGAAAAAACAAACACUCAAAUCUGCAUCUACAGAUCUCGGUACCACUGAUGUAGUGGUGAGUCGAGUCCUCGAGGUAACAGACCUGCCAGAGGGGAUUUCACGUCCAGAGGCUGAAAAGCUCUUCAACCAGCUGUCGCUGUGUGGUGCCAAGAUCCAGUGGCUGAAAGAGCCCCAGGGAAGCCGAGGAGGGGUAGGAGUAGGAGGCUGUGGCCCCUGUUCUGCAGCAGGGCCUUCUGGGCCUGGAGCCACUGCAGGCCCCGGGGCCAGUGUGGGAGCUGGAGGAAUGAAGGGUGACGGCAACGACCCAGCACACCUCUACACAGUGGUGGCAGUGUUUCCCAGCACCAUGGCUGCCCAGAGUGCUUCCUUCAAACUUAACAACAGCGGGGCCAGCCUCUUCAAACUGAGGGCCGCCAAAAAGAACUAUGACCUGCGUGUGCUGGAGAGAGCCAGCUCUCAGUGAGAGGAAAUGAGAGGAGGAGCAAAGACAAAGAAAGAGACUCAGUGAAAUGGUGGAAAAGAAAGGAAGACUGAGGAGGACUGCUCUAAGUGUACAAUUUAAAAUAAAAAUAAAAAAACUUGAUGAGUUACAUGAUGUGUCAAAUGUAUAAAAGGGAAGAAGGUGUGAAUCAUGCGGUGGCUGUUUGUUUGCAAAUAUGAUUUUUGUUGUUUUUAUUCUUUUUUUUUUUUUUUUUUGUAUUUAUAAAG